AUAUAGCCAUAUAUUGACUAGGACUUCAGAAAAGCAGGAGUGAGUUCGAGUUCGUUAGAGCGCAACAAUGCUGUCUCUCUAUAUCCUCUUUCCUAUUCUGGUGAUCCUAUAUAUCAUCAAAUUCGCCGUUAUUGAUGCUGAUUUCACCCUAUAUUCGAAGAAACUUAAACGCCAGGAAUUCGAAGAUAAGGUUGUUUGGAUUACUGGAGCUAGCCGCGGAAUUGGAGAGGUUCUUGCUAAACAGUUUGCAAGCUUAGGGGCGAAACUUAUAUUGUCUGCACGAAAUGAAGCUGAAUUGGAGCGUGUCAAAAGCCAAAUUAGCGGAAAGCAUGCCCCAAACGAGGUCAAGAUUUUACCCCUUGAUUUGGCAUCUGGAGAGGAAUCCCUCAAGGAGGCUGUAGAAAAAGCAGAAGCCUUCUUCCCCGGUAUUGGUGUUGAUUACAUGAUUCACAAUGCCGCCUAUGAACGUCCUAAAGCUGCAGCUGUAGAUGUCACAGAAGAAAGCCUUAAGGCUACAUUCAAUGUAAAUGUUUUUGGGACAAUAUCUUUGACCAGAUUACUUGCUCCCUACAUGCUAAAGAGGGGGAGGGGUCAUUUUGUGGUGAUGAGUAGUGCUGCUGGGAAGACACCUGCACCAGGUCAAGCCAUGUAUUGUGCUUCUAAAUUUGCCUUGAAUGGGUACUUCCAUUGCUUGCGCUCAGAGCUAUUUCAGAAAGGAAUCAAGGUAACUGUUGUUUGCCCUGGUCCAAUAGAGACAUCAACAAAUGUUUCUACUGAGAAGCGUCUCUCUGCUGAAAGGUGUGCUAAACUCACAAUAAUUGCUGCUAGUCAUGGUCUGAAGGAAGUUUGGAUAUCAUAUCAACCCGUGCUUGGAGUGAUGUAUUUGGUGCAAUACAUGCCAACAAUUGGCUUUUGGCUCAUGGAUAAGAUCGGUGCAAGACGAGUAGAAGCGACUGAAAAAAAGGGGAAUAUAUAUUCAUUGGGAUUGCUGUUUGGUAAGUCAAAGAAGGAAUGAGUUUUUUGGUUGAAUCUGCGGACUGCACCAUCUUUUGCUGGGGCUGCUAGAUGAGAGGAGUCAGAUUUUGGACUUGUUUAUUUUGAUUCAGUGUUAAAACAUAUGGUGGAACACUUUGGUUUCAUGUACUGAUGUACUUAACCAGUAUCUCCAUGCAAUUUGUAAAGUAGACUUGAAUGUCUGCAUUAGCACCAUGUUAAUACACAUGGUACAUGGCCUUGAUAAGUUGGCCGAUUGGCCAUGCACUUAUCUUAGGUUUAUGAAACUCUAUAUCGUGUCUGCACGUAUGAUAUAAUUGAAUCUCAAGACGGCCAACUAGUGCAUCUGCAUUGUUGGUAUGGAUGCUUACCUAAAGAGACUAAAUAUAAACUUGCUGUGCAACGUUGGGCGGCUGCCUAAUUCGGAAUUUUGAGGGCAGUCUGAGGUUAUGGGACUGUUGCACAACCAUUUUAUUCAUUUGGAGAGUUGGAGCUGAUACAUGUGGGUUUGCUACGGCGUCUUUUUCAUAUUUCUAAAAAUUAUUGUCCAGAUAACCUUAGUGUCUCUAGUGGGAAUUAAACCUUCAGAGGAAGGUAUAAUCUUUACCACUAAACCAAGUUAAGAAUCAAUGUAGCAUACAAUUGUAUCACUUCAUAUUAGUUCACCAAUUAAUAAAUCGUUGUCUAAUUGUCUUGGAUGAUAUGACGGAAUCACUUCAUAUUAGUUCACCAAUUAAUAAAUCGUUGUCUAAUUGUCUUGGAUGA